GAGUACAACCACAGGGUAUUUGAGUGGGAGAAAGGAACGUUCUAUCCAGGAAGAAAGGAGCAAGAGGGAAAGCUUGGGAGAAGAAAUACACAAGUUACUCGGAAGAAUUGAAUAGUAGCUAGUAGGUGCAAGGUACUUCCCAUAUAUCAUCCCACAAUACUAUAAGUCGUCCCUUCCCCUCCUCCCUCACCCCCAAGUCUUCCUCCCUGCGGCCCUCCCCCACCUCCAGUUGAUCAUGGCAUCAGAAGCAGGGAAAACGUUCCAACGGUUUGCUGUCUUUGGAGAAUCAUCAAGCAGUGGCACUGAAAUGAACAAUAAGAACUUCUCCAAGCUAUGCAAAGACUGUGGCAUCAUGGAUGGCAAGAUAGUCACCUCCACUGAUGUGGACAUCGUAUUCAGCAAAGUCAAAGCCAAGAAUGCCCGAACCAUCACAUUUCAGCAGUUCCAGGAAGCAAUGAAGGAGCUGGGCCAGAAACGAUUCAAAGACAAGAAGCCAGAUGAAGCUCUGGAGAACAUUUAUAAACUCAUGGAAGGCAAGGAUCCAGCUACCACUGGUGUUACUGUUUCAAAUAGGGCACUCCCACUUGGAGGGACCUUGCAUAUUGGGUCUGGGGUUGAAGUCCUCUGGCUGCCGCCUGGUCAAAAGAGCUCCUCUGGAAGCAGAAAACUCCACACACACCCCAUUCAUUCCCAGACACCAGACUCCUCCACCCUCGUGAGUGGAUGGCUCUUUCCACGUUCCUACCCAUGGCUGCAUCUGGGCCCUAAAGAAAGCAGCCCCAUGCCAACAGUAGAAUAGAACACUGGGUCCUAGCAGAACCAAAGUCCAUCUUUAGAGAAGGGGUGUGACAGCAA